AUCCAAGUGAACGUCAGUGUGUUUUUGGAUAAGGAGUUGCUCCUCGUCAAUUCAUGCUCGGAAGGAAGUGAUGAUGAGUUUGAAGAUUUUGAAGAACAAGCAAUUUGUUCAGCAUCUUACAUGUUAUGGUUGACAAAGCAAAUCCCUGAAACCCAGAAGUUAGAACUGAGGGAGAAGAUAGAGAAUGAGCGCCUGGACGCCAUGUUGAAAUCUCAAAAGGGGUUGCAUUCGGCGUACGAGAAGAAUGUAGAGUCGGCGGAUCACCAUCAUCAUGAUGAUCAGGUGAUCUUCCGGCAGCCACAGCAGCAGCAGCAGAUGCUAAAAGAGGAGGAUAAGUUCUACUACUGGGAGCCGCACCCGCAGACCGGAGUGUUUGGCCCUGCCGCUGCCGCCUCUGGAGGAGCCGCGGCGGCCUCGUCGGGGAAAGCUUCUACGAUUGAUGGUGGUGAUGGUGCUGUGGUGGUGGAAGAGAAGGCCUGGUUCCGCCCUACCAGCCUUGAGGACUCCGAGAAGCCCCAAAAGCCUGAAGGUACUAUUCAGAAUGAAGCCAUGUCGGAGUUGUUGAAUCAAUUCGAAUACAUUCUCGAUUCCGAUCCCAUCAUCAAUGAAGUAGGGUUCAUUCACCCUUCACAAUUUGCGACAUUGGCGAAAGAUCCUGAAGCUGGUAGCUCACGAUCGGAAGCCUCGGAUGCGCUGGAUGGUGGAGAUGGGACCUUCUGGAUUCGAGAUCACAAACUGGGCAUUUCUUCGGAGGUUGUUCUCCGGUUGUACAAGGCUGCCAGAGAACAAUUCAUGAAUGCAAUUGCAGAAUACAAGAAACUCGGCGACCUAUCUCUUCCUUCUGCUGAAGCUCUAGGAAUUGUGGUUAUGAAAUGCAGCAAAUCACUUGUGUUGUUAAGCCCUGAUUUCGGGACUGCUUGGAAUUCCAGAAAGUUAAUCGUAUCGAAGAAGACACAAGCGUCAAUGUUCACUGACGAGCUUCGCUUGUCUGCCCUUGUCCUUUCGUAUUCACCCAAGAGCGAGCAAGCAUGGAGCCAUAGGAGGUGGGUGAUCAAGAAUAUGGCCAGAAAUCGUACAACUUUGCAAGAGAUUCUAAGGGAAGAAUCUGACCUGGUGGAGAAGAUAGCAGAGAGAUCAAAGAUGAACUAUCGUGCUUGGAAUCAUCGCUGCUGGUUGGUUUCUUACAUGGACAGAGAACAGGUGAUACAGGAACUGAAGCAAUCCAAAACGUGGUCUGGGUUACAUGUUGCUGAUCAUUCUUGCUUUCAUUAUCGCAUGAGGCUAAUCAUCAGAGUUUUAGAGGAUUGCUGCCGUAAGCAAGAAGAGGGGUCUUGUGAUUCUUGUGUUCAAGUUUAUCUGAUCUGGCAGGAGGAGCUUGACUGGAAUGAAGAAUUAAUAAAGCGUUAUUUAGGAAGGGAGGCUCUAUGGCUCUACCGUCGCUUUCUCUCCUUAUUAUGGAUAAGGCAUUUCACAACCGAUGUCAACGACGUGUCUUCCCCACAAAAAAGCCAAUCUAGCAUCCAAGUGAAUGUCAGUGUGUUUUUGGAUAAGGAGUUGCUCCUCGUCAAUUCAUGCUCGGAAGGAAGUGAUGAUGAGUUUGAAGAUUUUGAAGAACAAGCAAUUUGUUCAGCAUCUUACAUGUUAUGGUUGACAAAGCAAAUCCCUGAAACCCAGAAGUUAGAACUGAGGGAGAAGAUAGAGAAUGAGCGCCUGGACGCCAUGUUGAAGUUGGUGUCCCUGAGAGGUCCUCCAUUUGGGGCUAUCUAAGAUUAGUAAGUCUAUUUGGCUGCCAUGUACGCUGGAAGUGGAUGGUAUUAAUUUGUUUUGUCAAAAGACUCAAAACAUGAAUGGGCGGCGUUGCAGUUACAGAUGGAAGAAUUUAUGUUACCCUGAGUCCCAUUCCUUUUCGCGUGGUAAGUACAAGGCCCAACCCAGCAAAGCAGAACAUGAGUCGAACACUGCAGUUUUGGGGGAUGACGGGAAGGGUAUGUGCUUCAGCAAUGUUCCCAUGCUCAAUCUCUUCUUCGACCUUUCAUACGUACGUACGGGCACGGCUGUAUUUAUUGAGAGAGUUACAAUUUACCAACGAACGCAAAGCUCUCUGACAGGCUAACAGACAACGUACUCGGGUCGACGGCGGCCCCACAACGAACACAUCGGAUACUACUUACGAGAGGGAGGGAGAGGCCCGUUUUGGAAGUGGGUGGGCACCACGGUCUACCACUUGACUUACGUACGGGAUAACUAGAUGGAGUAUGAAACCAGUCCAGCGUUCAAGCCCAGCUUGUUCAUUGUUAAUAAGAUAGAUCCUAAAUGUCUGGUCCAUUGACUAUGCGAAUACAUAUCUUACUAAUGGAGCAAUCCAGUCUCGAUAUUGUUUUUCUAGUUAACCUCGUACGGAUUUAAUUUUAAGUAUAUUCUCUUAAAGAUUUCGUACUAAUUUGGACUAGAUGAACACGUAUAUAAAAGGCUUUUAUUUUU